AUGCUAUUCCAAACAGCAAUCACCUCAGCGCUCCUAGCCCUGAGUCUCCCAGUCCACAGCACCCAAACCUUCAGCAACACCGGAACAACCUCAGGCUGGGACUCCACGAACCAAGAACACAAAGGCACAGUCCAACAAGUGACCAACGUAGUCUACAAAGGCCCCACAGCCCUCAAAAUGACCCAGAUCUACGACUCCAGCUACACCGGCCGCUACCACUCCGAAGUCGUCAAGAACAACGUGUACAAGCGCGGCGACACAGGCUUCUACGGCUUCGCGUUCCGCCUCCAGACGGACUGGCAGUUCUCCCCAGCCCAAACGUAUAACAUCGCACAGUUCAUCGCCGAUUUCUCCGAUACAGGCUGCGAUGACUACAUGCCGUCCAGCAUGGUCUGGCUGAGCGGGAACCAGCUGUAUACGCGCGUGAAGCAGGGGACGAUCUGUGCGCAGAAGACGGUGACCUUCCCUGAAACGGCUACCUGGCAUCGGGUGGAGAUCCAGGCGAGCUGGAAGACGGAUGGGACGGGGUUUUAUAAGUUGUGGUUCGAUGGGACGAAGAUUCUGGAGCAUUAUAAUAUCGAUACGACCAUUGAGGAUGACCGGGAGUUCCAGUUUCGGGUUGGUCUGUAUGCGAAUGGGUGGCAUGACGAUAAGGGGAUGAAGGGCACGCAGGGCACUCGUCAGGUCUGGUAUGAUCAGAUUGCGACGGGGACUACCUUUGCUGAUGCCGAUCCGGCUCAGUGGUAG